UCGUUUGCCACAGUUCCGGCCGGCCGAGUCACUCUCACACGCACAGCUCAGCUCAGCUCACAAGUCACAACACACACGCGACCAAGUGAGCGGCUAUGGCGACGGGAAUGCCGGAGUGCUCCCCGGCCUUGCUGCUGGCUGCCGGCCUCGCCGUGCUAGCGAUCGGCUCGUACCUUGCCGCCAUCGUUGUCGGCCGCGGCGCCGCGCGGUACCCGCCUGUGGCCGGAACGGUGUUCCACCAGGUAUACCACCUCCGGCGGCUGCACGACUACUACACGGACCUGUUCCGCGAGCACGCGACGUUCCGGCUGCUCGCGCCGGGCCGGAGGCAGAUUUACACCUCCGACACGGCGGUGGUCGAGCACAUCCUCAGGACCAACUUCGCCAACUACGGCAAGGGCGCGUCUCACUACGACAAGACGAGCGAUCUCUUCGGAGACGGCAUCUUCACGGCCGACGGCGACAAGUGGAGGCAGCAGAGGAAGAUCGCCAGCUACGACUUCUCCACGAGGGCCCUCCGGGACUUCAGCGGCGGCGUCUUCAACAGGGACGCCGCCAAGCUCGCGCACAUCGUCUCCGGCAACGCAGCCGCGAAGCAACCCAUGGACUUUCAGGACCAUCCCGCGAAGCCGAUACGUGUAUAUUUGACUGGUUUCUUGGAUCAGGAGUUGCUGAUGAAAGCGAUGGACUCCAUCUUCACCAUCGCCGUCGGCGUGGACCUCGACACGCUGUCGGGGUCGGACGAGGGGAGCCGCUUCACCGCGGCGUUGGACGACGCCAGCGAGUUCACCCUGCUCCGUUUCGUCAACGCCUUCUGGAAGGUGUCGAGGUUCCUCAACGUCGGCGCCGAGGCGGCGCUCAGGCGCAGGAUUGAGGUCGUCGACGAGUUCAUGUACAAGCGCAUCCGUGCCAGGGCGGACGAGAUAUCGGACGACGGCGAGGCACACGACACUGUGUCCAAGGAUGAUCUGCUGUCGAGGUUCAUACAGGCAAGCACCCGCGACGCCGGCGAGGUGGACUACAAGCACCUGAGAGACAUGAUACUGAACAUAGUCAUGGCCGGCAAGGACACGACCGCCGGAGCGCUUGCCUGGUUCCUGUACAUGAUGUGCAAGCACCCGGAGGUCCAGGAGAGGAUAAGCGAGGAGGCUGCCGACGCCGGCGAGGCCACGUCAUCGAUCGACGACUUCUCCCGGAGCCUCACCGACGAGGCGCUCAACAAGAUGCACUACCUGCACGCCGCCCUGACGGAGACGCUCCGGCUGUACUCUUCGCUCCCGCUGUUCUUCAAACAGCUUGCGCGCAGAGGACUGACAGUUCUCGGCAGCGAACGGCGGCGGUUCUUGGAGAUGAGCAAGGCCAUAGCUUUGUCCUGGCCACGCCCUACCGAGCCCCUGCUCCCUGCCCUGAAGAACGACACCAUGGACGCCACCAAGCUUCGGCCACGCAUCCCCUCGGCCAUGGCUAGCCCAACACCGUCCACGCGCGUCACAGAAGCAGGAAGCGAGGGGGGCAGUGGCACGGUCUUCCCUGGCCUAAGAAGGCCAACACAACGGCUUACGGUGUGGUGGCGAGAGCAGGCCAUGGCGGGGCCAUCUGUUGCUGCGGCGAGCGCUGCUGCCGAGCCGUGGCCGCCUAUGCUCGGCAACCGUUGGGCGAGCGGGCGCAGUGUAAGGAAGAGGCGCCAGGGAGAGAGAGAAGGAGAAGGGGAAAGGGGACGUGGCUGCCGGAGGUGGGCUCACCGGCGGCGCGCCCGGCCGGGGGAGUCAGCAGACCAUGCGCGAGGUGGUGGCGCUCGGCUGGGGUGAGUAGCUGGACGAGAUUUGUGGAUUGGGCCCUGACAGGUGGCCCCUCCUUUUAACUUAACAUUCAACUUCUUUAUGUUGACUUUUAGUGCCGUGUGGACUUGACUAGCGGGCCCGGCAUGUCAGAAAUUGAAUUAAUUUGUCUUGAACCAUCUUCAGUGUUUAUUGAGAAAAUUAGUAAGGAAACCGGUAGAUUUUUGGAGCGCA